AUGUUCGAUCCCUCAAACGACCCAAUUCAACCCGACGAGGGCGCCGAGGUCGGUAGCACUCGCUCAUCACUGACCUCGAUUAGCGAGUCCGUAUUAAAGGGCGUCGUCGGUGAGGGACAGCGGACAUAUGCUGCCUAUGGGAAAGAGGAAUAUGGAUUUCCUAUGGACGAGAAGGAGUUGGAAAGGAUUGACCUAUGCCACGUUAAAUACGGAGCAUUGCUGGAUAAACGCCUCUUCCUUGCGCCUAUCGUCGAGGACCCCGCGAGAAUAUUAGAUUUGGGCUGUGGGACUGGCAUUUGGUGUGUCGACAUGGCGGAAGAAUAUCCUGGGGCUCAAGUCGUCGGCGUCGAUAUUGCCCCCACACAACCUGAAUGGGUCCCCCCAAACUGCCAGUUCGAACUUGAUGACAUCGAGCAAGAAUGGACGUGGAAGGAAAACACAGCCGACUUCAUUUUCUGUCGAGACCUUAUUCUAUCUAUCAGAGACUUUCCUAGGCUUAUCGACCAAUGCUACAAACAUCUCAAACCAGGCGGCUGGGCCGAAUUCCACUGCGUAACAGGCGUCCUCCAAUGUGACGACGACAGUGUCCCCUCCGAUUCCCAUUUCCAAGCCAUGUCCGACAAUCUCAUGACCGCCUGCAAUAAUUUCGGAACUCCUGUCGAUGACCCUAUGCGCUGGAAGGGAUGGUUCGAGGACCGCGGUUUCGAGAAUGUUACCGAGCGCAUCUUCAAACUGCCGUGCAAUCCGUGGCCGCGGGAUAAACGGCUGAAACUUGUUGGCGCCUGGGAACAGCAUAAUCUGUUAAAUAACCUCGAGGGAAUGCUGAUGAGGUUGUUCCACAAGGGGCUGGGCUGGUCCGAGGAUGAGAUAUUACUGUUUUCUGCGAUGUUGAGGAAGGAUAUCAAGAAUUUGGGUUUCCAUGCGUAUUGGCCAUUCAUCACCGUUUAUGGCAGGAAGCCGUUGAGCGAAGAGACGGCUGCGGAUACAUCGACACAAAUGGCGCAGCAACCAGCCGCCGAGACGAGCUAA